AAGCCAACUUGCAUAUUUAACAGCAUGGAAUAUUAUGAUGGAGACAUGUUUCGAAUGGAUGCUUGCCGUUUUUGUCGAUGCCAAGGUGGAGUUUCUAUUUGUUUCUCUGCCCAGUGUGGUGAGCUACACUGUGACAGGUACUAUGUGCCGGAAGGAGAGUGCUGCCCAGUCUGUGAAGACCCAGUUUAUCCAGUAAACAACCCUGCUGGCUGCUAUGCCAAUGGUCAGAUCCAAGCUCACGGAGACCGCUGGCGAGAGGACGACUGCACUUUCUGCCAGUGCAUCAAUGGAGACCCGCACUGUGUUGCAACGGCCUGCGGGCAGAGCUGUCUAAAUCCUGUCAAAGUCCCUGGCGAGUGCUGCCCGGUCUGUGAAGAACCAACCUACAUCACAAUAGGACCACCCACCUGUGAGGUUUUGGUGAACUGCACUUUGACUGAAAAAGACUGUAUCUAUAGCUUCAAACUGGACCAAAAUGGUUGCCGAAUUUGUCAGUGCAAAACUAGGGAGGAGCUGUGUACCGGCCUCAUUUCGGGCUGUUCCUUGGAUUGUUCCUUCGGCUUCCAGACUGACAUCCACAACUGUGAGAUCUGUCAGUGCCGACCGCGGCCUAAGAAGUGCAAACCCAUUGUAUGUGACAAAUACUGUCCCUUUGGAUACUUGAAGAACAAGCAUGGCUGUGACAUCUGUCGGUGUAAGAAAUGCCCAGAACUGCCUUGUGGUAAAAUCUGUCCGAUGGGCUUCCAGCAGAACAAUCACGGCUGUGUUAUCUGCAAGUGCAGAGAGGCAACCGCUUCUCUUCUGCCUCCUAUUAAAACAGGCUCUUGCCUGUCCAUGGAUGGGCGCCGACAUGAGAAUGAGGAGAGCUGGCACGAUGGCUGCAGGGAAUGUUACUGUCACAAUGGACGGGAAAUGUGUGCCUUGAUCACCUGCCCGGUUCCUAAUUGUGGGAACCCCACCAUACAUCCAGGACAGUGUUGCCCAUCAUGUCCAGAUGAAAUAAUUGUGCAGAAGCCAGAGCUCACCAGUCCAUCGAUCUGUCAUGCCCCUGGUGGCGAAUACUUUGUAGAAGGAGAGACAUGGAAUAUUGAUUCUUGCACACAAUGUACAUGCCACAGUGGACGUGUCCUGUGUGAGACUGAAGUCUGCCCACCUCUUCUUUGUCAAAAUCCUACCCGCACACAGGACUCCUGCUGUCCACAGUGCCCAGAUGAGACUCCUCAGUCCUCUUCAUCAAGCAAUGAGAGCAUGCCCAGUUACUGCAAAAAUGAUGAAGGAGAUAUUUUUCUGACAGCUGAGUCCUGGAAACCCAAUGUCUGCACUAGCUGCAUUUGCAUGGAUGGUGUGAUUAGAUGCUACUCUGAGUCUUGCCCACCAGUAUCCUGUGAGAGACCUGUUCUGAGAAAGGGACAAUGUUGUCCUUACUGUAUUGAGGAUACAGUUCCAAAGAAAGUGGUCUGCCACUUCAAUGGAAAAACAUACGCAGAUGAGGAACGCUGGGACAUUGACAGCUGCACUCACUGCUACUGCCUGCAGGGUCAGACUCUCUGCUCCACUGUCAGCUGCCCACCCCUCCCUUGUGCUGAACCCAUCAACGUGGAGGGAAGCUGCUGCCCUAUGUGUCCAGAGAUGUACGUACCUGAACCUACUAAUAUCCCCAUUGAGAAGACAAAUCAUCGAGGAGACAUUGAACUAGAAGUACCAAACUGGCCAACACCAAGUGAAAAUGAUAUAAGCCACAUUCACAGAGACAUGAGUCAUCUCCAGGGAGAGUACAGAAGUGGCAGUGGACCGCACCCAAGUGAAGAUCCGUCGGUUAGCUCUGUUGCCUUGGUGACAAUUCCAAUCACGAUAGCGCUGUUACUGAUCAUCGUCCUUCUGUUAGUCAAUCAGAAAAAGCAGUGGAUUCCAGUGUCCUGCUACAAAGCUCCAACAAAGCCUUCUUGCCUAAACAAUCAGCUGGUAUAUGUGGACUGCAAGAAAGGUACCAUGGUCCAGGUGGACAGUUCUCAGAGGAUGCUAAGAAUUGCAGACCCAGAUUCAAGAUACAGUGGAUUUUACAGCAUGCAGAAACAGAACAACCUACAGGCAGAUAAUUUCUAUCAAACAGUUUGAAGAAUUGCACCCUUACCAAGGAUUCAAGAAAAAGAGAAAGAGAGAGAGAGAGAGAGAGACUGUCUGCUAUUAAAAUAAAACUAGAAUUGUGCACUUGCUUAGUGGAUUGUAUUGGAUUUGUGACUACAUGUACAGCUCUAAGACCUUACUGGGAUGAGCUCUGACUCCUGCAAUGUGCCAGAAAAAGCAUUCCCACUUUUCCUUGAGAUAACUGACCAAGUGUUUUCUUAGAACCAAAGUUUUAAAACUUGUAAGAUGUAUUUGCUUGUAACAUAGCUAUAGAGGUUUUUUGGGAGGGGGAAUCAGGGGCUAGGGGUAGACAAUGAGGUAAAAGGAAGCUUCAGAGAAGAAAAACUGGUCAUGCUUGGCUGGAGAAGAAAAUGAAUAAAGAUACUGCAGAGCAGCAGGAUAGUAGUUUUCCUAGUUGCUCUGAAAUUGCAUUUGUUGCAGCAAAGCCUAACCCCAGGU